AUGCCGCAACGGUCGUCGGACAACGUUUAAUCGUGCGGUCGAUCGCGCGUGUCGUUCGGUGAUUAAUAUUUCCGCGUACACAGUUUCCGUUUUUUUUUUUUUUUUUUUUUUGAAUUUUUCUUGUUAACCGUUGUUCGACACUGUGUAUAGUCGUCGUACGUAAAUUCCGUCAUAUAUAAUAUAUUAUUAUACUUUUCGCAAAGAGUAUAAUAGUUUUUACUACUGCGGCCAAUCGGCUCCGGCAACCACGCGGGUUCGCAUCUCUGCUCACAAGCGGAAGGGCAUCACCAACUGCAGGUAACGACCAUCGCCCACAACGCGGAGCACCACCACCCGCACCACCCACAGCAUCGGCUACGACACGAUCGGCCGKAAUAGCACCCACCAGCGGGAAAACCGYCAAGCACGAUGUGACCGCCGAUCGGAGGGCGGACGGCCACCAUGGACCCGCAGAUGUGGUGGUACGACACAGGAUUUGUACCAGGCGGUACGCAGAUAGCUGCAGUUGUCGGUAACAGCACGGGUGGCGGAAGCGUCGGUGGCAGUGUCGGCGUCGACGGAGACGGCGGUGGCAGCAACAAUAGCAGCGGCAGCGUCGGCGCAGUAACCGCCGGUGCAGUCGGUUGCACAAUCGGACCGGAUAACAAGACGACGCACACGGUGGCCGGAGACGGGUCGGCCGCUAUUGGCGGCGGUGGCGGUGACCUCGUCGGUGGUGGUGGGACGGCGGAAGAUGUGGCCGCCGCCGUGGGCCCGGUGCUCGUCAUCAAGACGGUGGCCAUGUGCUCGAUAAUAUUGUGCGCAGUGUUGGGCAAUGCUCUGGUGGUGAUCAGCGUGGUACGGCACCGGAAACUCCGCAUACUCACCAACUACUAUGUCGUGUCGCUGGCCUUCGCCGACUUCCUAGUGGCGCUAUGCGCCAUGUCGUUCAACGCCAGCGUCGAGAUUACCGGCAAGUGGAUGUUUGGGUACGUCAUGUGCGACGUUUGGAACAGCCUGGACGUGUACUUCUCCACCGCGUCCAUACUGCAUCUGUGCUGUAUAAGUGUGGACCGGUAUUACGCAAUCGUCAGUCCACUGCAGUACCCGAUCACCAUGACGCAGCGCACAGUUCUGUACAUGCUGCUCAACGUGUGGACUCUACCGGCGCUCAUAUCGUUCCUUCCGAUAUUCUUCGGCUGGUAUACGACCGCCGAGCACCAGGCGUUUCGCCGCAAGAACCCCAUGUCGUGUGUGUUCGUCGUCAACCGGUAUUACGCGAUCAUAUCUUCGUCUGUCUCGUUUUGGAUACCCGGCGUCGUCAUGAUCGUCAUGUACUACAGGAUUUACAAAGAAGCUGUGCGACAACGACAAGCUCUGUCCCGGACGUCUAGUAAUAUAAUUCUUAACAGCAUACAUCAACACAGGAUUCAACACUAUAGUCACAGAUUACGGCCACCAGACAGCGAAAACAUGACGUCAAAUGGAAACGUUACGACGGCGAAGACCAGUACGAGUUGGAGGACCGAGCAUAAAGCUGCUCGCACGCUGGGAAUCAUCAUGGGCGUAUUCCUAUUGUGCUGGUUGCCAUUUUUCCUUUGGUAA